UUAUACUUUUCUAGGAAUUUAAAACGCCCGAAGCACUCCGGGUAAUAUGGACGUCUAAACAACAGCGUAGUCAGCCUCGCUAAUUAUGAUGACAAUUUAGAGAAAUAGGCAAGUGUAAACGAUGUUUAAAGCACCUGCCAAUAUAAGUCCUUCUCUAGGACAGAUAUUUACUUCACACAAUGUUGACAAAUACAUCCAAAAAGAAGAAGAAAAAUUGCAAAGUCCACAUGAGAAAAAGGGUAAAGCUUUUGAAUUUGCGUGUCUGUAUUUCUAUGCACAAGACUAUGUGCAAGCGAAAAGACAACUAGAGAAUUACCUUAGUAUCCAAGAUCAGGAUUUCAGGGUUCAUAAUUUAAUGGGGGGAAUAAACGAAGCAAUGCAUAAUUAUCCUGAUGCGUUAUUUUCCUAUGAAAGAUCCUUAGAACUCUGUCGCACACAGAAGGACAUUCUCAUCAAAGUGAUCUCGUUAUGCAGCAAGUAUCCCAUAGAUCCUUCCCGUGCAAAGGUAUGGGCUGAUAAGGGUUCACAAUUAUGUCCCGGUCAUCCAGCUGUCUUCAAACUGAAGUGGCAUCUACAGAAUGAUGUACCUUCUGAGGAAGAAAAAUUUAAACAGAUGAAAUUACUCAUUGCUGAUGAAUCGUUAGUUGGAAUUCCUGAAAUGUUUAAUCGCUUAAAAUUAGAAAACUCGAAAUAUUCUUCCAGUGACCUGUUAGAAGAAUUAAAACAUGCCGAAGUGAAAAGUUUACAAUACUUGUACAACCAAGCUCAGAUAUACAUCCACUUUGCGUCUGAAUGUGGCACUGAAACCAUUGAAGGGGAAAAAGAUUAUAUCUAUUACCAUACUAAGGCUAAAGGAAAGUUAUUAACUUGCAUCAGUAACUCAGAUCAUUCGCCAGAAUUCAAAGAGACACUUCUUGACCAGUUACAAGAACUACAAGCCAAUAAUGCUUUUGCUGCUACUACCCAACCUUCUAGCAAAAAAUGCCUUACUUUUCAGUCUACUGUACCAUCUCAAGAUUUAAAUAUUAAUGACCCGUCAUCAUCUUUUGCUGAUGUAAAUGAUGUAUCUGUUCUAGUGGAAAAAAGUAUUUUAGAAGAUCAACUAACAGCAAAGGAGUUAGAAAACCAAAACUUACGCCAGCAAUUGGCCAUGCUGAGGACACAAGCUGAUGUGCAAUUUCAACAACAAGUUAUGCACCCACAGCAGAUUAUGCAUCCACAGCAGUUUGUACCAGCGCAUUUGCUUGCUCCUCAACAGCUACCACAUGGACACCAAGUUAUUCCGAACAUACCAUUUGGUCCCAACGCACCAUUUGGCCCUUAUACACCUGGUCAACAAACAAAUGGGAUGGAGACACCUACAGAUCUCUGGUGGGAUUCCUUCUCCCCACAGGCAUCAUUUGAAAAAGGUUAUUUCGCUGGUCUUGCAGAGCAUGUUGAGCAGGUAAGGGAAGAGAGUGGAGAAAGUGAAGCACCAACCCUGCGUGAUCAAACAGAGGCAACGCCUACAGGAAAAACCUCUGACAUAACUGAUACUAAAGGAAAGACACCAACUACUCCUGUUGUUCAAGACACAGAUGAUAUCUAUGUUGAACCUAUAGUCAAGCUUACUGCCAAAAGUGAUUUAGAAACAGGAGAGGAAGAUGAAAGCACUAAGUUUGUUCACCGUUCUAAACUUUAUCGCUUUGACAAAAGUGCUGCUUCUUGGAAAGAACGGGGUGUUGGCGAUGUGAAAAUACUGAUCAAUGAAAAGACGAACAAAGCUCGUAUUACUAUGCGACGAGACGUUGUGUUUCGUGUGUGUUGCAACCAUUUUAUUACUUCAGAUAUGAUGUUAGAAGCAAAAGGAAGCGCUUGUUGGACCUGGUUUACUCCUGCUGAUGCUGUAGAUGGAGAAGUGAAGCCAGAGCAGUUUGCAAUUAAAUUUAAAACUGAAGAAAUCGCUGACCAAUUUAAAUCAUCAUUUAUUGAAUGUCAAAAUUUGACGAAUCCCUUAAACACCACAACAAAAACAGAUAAAUUGAAAUCAGCUUCUAAAGAUGAUAUUGCCAGUACUUCAUCCAAUGAUCAGAAAUCGUCCACACCAGCGUCCAAUCAAAAUGUACAACAAUAUCAAAACAGUGAUUUGAAAGUGGUUUCUGCCCCACCUACAACAUCUACGCAAACUUCUAUGGGAGCUUUUAGGUUUAAAACUCCAGAAAAUGCUAUCACAGAAUCUCCUGAAGGAAAACCAAUAUUUAGCUUUGCCACAACGCAGGCUCAAAAUUCGCAAGAAAAGGUCAACCCAUUCCUAACGCCACAAGCCGCACCAGCUGAUAGUUCUACCGGAUAUCCUAGCUUUGACAGGUUCAGUUCAACUACAUUUAAGGAAAAAGAUCCAGUAAAAACCUCGCCAAGUCCUUUUGCAGGAUUUUCGUUUAAAAUUAACACAGCAACUGCAACAUCAACUAGUACAAACCAAGUUACAUCAACGACAUCGCCGUCAUCCAGUCCAUUUACUGGAUUCAGUUUCUCAGAAAAAUCAACAGGGAAUGUAAUUCAAAAAUCCAAUGAUACUAGUGCUCCUUUGUCACAAAACUUCCCAUUUAUGUCGUCAUUGCUUAAAGAUACAGCAUCAACUAGCUCUCCACCUUCGAGUUUGAGUGCUCCUCCUACCUCUAAACCAGGAGACUCACCUGUUAUUAUACCUGGUAUGAAUACUCUACCUACAUAAAUCUGUGCGAACCAUGCUAUCAUGCCCUCCAUGGAAUUGUCGCCACUUAACAAUUCAGACAAAGCGUGGACCUGGUUCACUCAAGCAGAUAUCUGUGAUGGUGAAACAAAGGCUGACCAGUUUGCUCUUAGGUUUAAGACAGCAGAAAUUGCAAAUGAUUUUAAGGAAAACUUUAAGAAGUGUAAGAACUUGAUCAGUAAUGACUUAGCGAAACAAGUUAAAAAGCCUGGAGGCUCUCAAAGUAAACCAAACUUCUUCUUUAAAUUGGCUCCGAAAGAACGAUCCCGGUCUUGUCCCACUUGUCUAAUCCAAAAUGAUGGAGUUUCAAUGAAAUGUCCAGCGUGCCAAACUGAUAAUCCAGAUGCAAGAGUAAGUGUGACGCAAACUUCAGAAAAUACUUCUGCAGGGAAAAACAGCACUGGAGUAUUUAAAUUUGGUAAAAAAUUGGAUAACACACCUAUUGCUUUGGCAUUUACUUUUGGUACUAAAACAGAUAAUACAUCAGGAGCUUCUCCGUUUAGUUUCAGGAAGGAAAAAAACGGCACCCCUGCUGCUAAGUCAAUUAAUUUUGGUAAUAAAAAAGAAGAUACUUCAACAUCUUCUCCAUUUAGUUUCGGCAAGAAAACUGAAGACACCACUGCUGCGCCGUCAUUCAGUUUUGGCAAGAAAACUGAAGACUCUUCUGUUGCACUAUCAUUUAGUUUCGAUGAUAAAACUGAUGAUACAUCAGGAACUUUUCCAUUCAGUUUUGGCAAGAAAACUAAAAACACCACAGCUGCUCCGCUAUUUAGUUUUGGUAAUAAAAAGGAUGAUACAUUAACCGUUGAUGGACUUACCAACCAGCAAGAAUGAAAAAUUUCAGUGACUUAGCAUUUAUAUGGAAAACGAAACGAUUGUUGACAAUUUCUUUGCCCUGACUUUGCUUUAUCGUCUUUAUUAUCAGCAGCAAGUAGUAUUGAGGAUAUCAAGAAAAUCUUUGAUAAUCAACCUGCUAUUGACGGAACUUUUAAAUUCAAAUUCAAGUUGAUAGUGUUAAUAUAUCUAAAACGCAAUUUUAGUAUAUGUUUUAAGUAUGUUUUGUAUUGUACCGAUGUGAAUUUGAAAAUGCUUAUAACGCCGCGUUAACAAGACUUAACUCAUAGCAACAAACUAACAAUACUCGUGAAUGUCGUAUCAAAAACAUUCGUAGCAACAAAUUAACAAUGCUUUGGAACGUCGUAUCAAACACACUCGUAGCCAUGAACCAACAAUACUCGUGAACGUCGUAUCAAAAACCUCCGUAGCAACAAACUAACAAUUCUCGCGAACGUCGUAUAAAAAACAGUCGUAUCAAAAACAUUCGUAGUAACAAACUAACAAUGCUUUGGAACGUCGUAUCAAACACACUCGUAGCCGCAAACUAACAAUGCUGGUGAACGUCGUAGCAACGAACUAAUAAUAGUCGUGAAUGUCGUAUCAAAAACACUCGUAGCAACAAACUAACAAUGCUGGUGAACGUCGUAUCAAAAAUAUCCGUAGCCACGAACUAACAAUACUCCUGAACGUCGUAUCAAAAACGCUCGUAGCAACAAACUAACAAUAAUCGUGAACGUCGUAUCAAAAACAUUCGUAGCAACAAACUAACAAUUCUCGUGAACGUCGUAUCAAAAACCUCCGUAGCAACAAACUAACAAUUCUCGCGAACGUCGUAUAAAAAACAGUCGUAGCCGCGAACUAACAAUGCUGGUGAACGUCGUAUCAAAAGCAUCCGUAGCAACGAACUAACAAUACUCGUGAACGUCGUAUCAAAAACAUCCGUAGCAACGAACUAACAAUAGUCGUGAACGUCGUAUCAAAAACCUCCGUAGCAACAAACUAUCAAUUCUCGCGAACGUCGUAUAAAAAACAGUCGUAGCCGCGAACUAACAAUGCUGGUGAACGUCGUAUCAAAAACAUCCGUAGCAACAAACUAACAAUUCUCGUGAACGUCGUAUCAAAAGCAUCCGUAGCAACAAACUAACAAUACUCGUGAACGUCGUAUCAAAAAUAUCCGUAGCAACGAACUAACAAUAGUCGUGAAUAUCGUAUUACAAACAUUGGUAGCCACGAACUAAUAAUACUUUUCAACAUCGUAUCAAAUAUACUCAUAGCAACACACUGACUAGAUGUAUAACUAGAAAUUAAAAAAAAGGUUGCGAAGCAUUGCGCAAGUUGCAAGCAAAAUUGAAACUAGCCAAUA